AUGGCGCUGCCUAGAGGGGCUCUGGAUCCCGUGAUGGCUGCCCGCCUCGUCGAGGCGGCUGUGCGCGGGGCGCUCGGGGCGCCGAGGCUCACGGUGGCGGCGGUUGCGCGGUCAGCGGUUUGGGCGGCGGCCUUCGCCGUCGCGGCGCCGCCACCGCCCGCCGCCGCCGCUGGCGCUGGGGCGCCACCUCCUGUUCCUCGUCCUGGCGUUCUGGCCGCGCUGGUGCUGCUGCGGCUGGCCCGUCGGCGCUCGGCGCUCGGCGCCGGCGCCGCCGACAGCGCCGCGCGGCGCGGAAGGCCGCCGCAGCGCCCCCUGCAGCCGCAGGCGGGGGCGCUGGGCGGGCUGCUGGAGCCGCUGCUGCCGCUGCUGGCGGAGGCUGCCGACGCGGAAAUGGAGGACUUCGGCGACGCAUGGGCCGACGGGCUCGUGCGAUUCCCGGUGGGGCGGUGGCGGCCGCUGCGGAGGCGGCGGAUCCAGCUCGCGGUUCUGGAGGAGCUGCUGGUGCUGCGGGGCGGAGUUGCGGCCUCGGUGAUCGGCCCUGAGGAGGUCUUCUCGGUGGCCGACGGCCUCCUUCGCCAGGCGGUUGGCUACGAGCCUCGGCUCAGCGAGCAGCUUCGGCAGAUGCUGGAGUCCGCGAUCUGGUGGCCUGCCAGCGCCCUUGGUACUCAGGCUGAGUACCUGGUACGCUACCCAGCGGCGGUGCCGCGCCUCGCCGCGGCGGGGGGCUGCGCGGCGCCAGCGGCGGGCGGCGCGCUGCCCCGCCGGGAGUCCGCCCUCCUGCAGCUAACGCCCCGCGCGGGCUUCGGGCUGCUGGUGCACAAGGCCAGUGCCAAUGCAUCCAGCGCGGCGGCGGAGCGCGGCGCCACCCGGGUCGGCCGCCGGGCGUGCGGGGACCUGCUGGAAGCCUCGACCUGCAGGGCGUACCAGGCGCUGGGCGCCUGCACGAGCCCGGCCUCCCUGGCGUCGUGCGAGCUGACGUGCGGGGGCUGCCAGCUCGGCGCGGCUUGCGAGGACCUGAUGAGCAGCUGCGAGAAGCUCGCGCAGCUGGGGCAUUGCCGCCACGGCGGCACGGCCGCGUCCUGCCCGGUUUCGUGCGGCACCUGCUGA